AUGGUAGUGGAUGAGCCAUCCAAGAACACUUAUAUAGAGCUCCUUUACCACCCGGGUAAAGUCGAGGUGAUUUUGACCACUCUGCUUCAAAAGAGGUCAGUGUGGUUAUCAACAUGGCAAUUUGGGCAUGAAGAUAUCGGGGGUUCAGUUGGGGGAGACUCUGAUCAUGCUGAACAAGGUGUUUCCAACAAUGAAUCAAGCUUGGAAGACACUAAUUCUGAUGAUAAUGAUAAUCAAGCAGUUGAGUCAAGUGUUGAUGAUGACUCUGAUGAUGAUAAUGAUGAUGGUGAUAAUAAUAUGUAUGAUGCUGAGCCUAUUCAGACAAACAUUGAUGACUUUCAACAAAUAGAGUUCAACUUCGAGGACUCUAUUCCAGAUUUUGAUAUUGAAGAAGAAAUUGAUAAUAUCAUGGAAGAUUUAAGGAGGAGGACGAGGGAGAACAAGAGAAGAAGAGUAACCACAUUUGUUGUUGGCACUCAUUCGUUGAGUGUUAGCAUUGAAAAAGACAUAGUCCACCCAACUAUGAAACUGCAUACCCCUGGCCACUCAGAUACAUCUCAACAGGAUGAUUCUGAUCACCAUGAGGAAAAGACCAAAAGGCAAAGAGUGGCUGAGUCAUCAGGAUUUACGGGUGGUGAGUCUGAAAAUAAUGAAGCAUCUAAAGAGCAUAAUAAUGAUUAUUCUGGUGAAAGGGUGACAGGGAGAGAAUUAGUUUUGUAUGUAAACCUAGAAAUUGAGCCGAUGGUUGAGAAGUUGGAGGUCUCUAGAGCAGAAAUGAGGAGGAUACUGGGUGUAUCAGCUGAUUUUAUUGAUGAUAAUGCUGAAGCUGAAGGUGGAGAUCAAGAAUUCUUUGUUAAGUCAGGGGAAGAAGAUGUUGAUUCAGACGAUCUUAUGUUUGAAUUUGAAGCUAAUCUGAAUGACAAUGAAUCAAAGUUCCCUUUUCUGAAUGUGCUGAAUAAAAAACAUGUACCUUAA